AUGAAAACCGGUGAUUUAGCACGAUAUAAUUCAGAUGGUGAACUGGUACAUGCUGGACGUGUUGAUUUUCAAAUUAAAAUACGUGGCCAGCGAGUGGAAACAGCGGAGAUUGAAAAUACAAUUAUGAGAUGGUCUCCUGGCAAGAUUUCUAACUGUCUUGUGAUGAAACUUCCACAAAGUGAUGAUCUGCUUGUUGCUUAUAUAGUCUCAAAUGAUUUGAAGCUGAACACUGAAGAUAUUCGAGACUAUUGCAAUAAACACUUGCGCCAAUAUAUGAUUCCAUCUUAUUUCAUCAUCAUGGAUAAAUUUCUGGUUAAUUCAAAUGGAAAAGUCGAUAGAAAACAAUUCCCAUUACCUUCAUUACAAUAUAAUGCGCUAACUAACUCUUCUCGAAGUGAAGACCGAUCAAUGUCGGAAUUAGAAGAGAAAGUACAUCGUCUAUGGUGUUCUACAUUGAGACUUGAUGCCAUUUCUCGUGACAAGAAUUGUUUUGCAUUGGGUGGCUCAUCUCUUUCAUUAAUGCAAUUCUUCAACUAUUAUCAAUUUUACUUGGCUUCAGAUAAGCAACUAAAUGUACUUGAUUUUUUUGCUAAUCCAACUAUCGCUGAACAUGUUCAGCUCUUGUUAAAUAGCAAGACAAAAGCAACCAUUAUUUGGAGUCCUCUACAUCUGGUACAAGGUACGUUAUCUUUAUAA